AUGGCCAAUGUUAUGAACAAAAACAAAUCUAAAACAGCCAGCAGCCAAAUGAGUUGGUUACAUGCGCCAUUACUUAGCAAGGGUAUAAAAAUACACAAUGGCACAAAUAAGUCUUCAUACCCUUGGGUAAAUGGCAGCUGGGCAUUUGGGUUAAGACACACAUCACUACGCAAACGGUCAUUCUCGGGCCAGGGCAAUAACAACAGCAGCAGUAGCAGCAGCAGCACUAACAUCAACGCUUGUCCAGCACCACCACCACCUACACCCCAUUGUGUUUGCAAUACAGGCACAGCAACAGCAACAGCAGCAGCAGCCACCACAGUCACAACCAAAAGCACCACCACCAAUAGAACCAACGAAGUCCGAUUUACUGAAGCCGCUACCACCACUAACCCCCUACCACCAGGCAAAGAGGUUGACUCGAAGUCGAAGGGAAGCCAAGCCACAUCAUCCUCGAUACUCGUGCCCAGCCAUAGCCACAUCAAUCAAUUACAUAUAAAUCACUUUGAAUUCCCACCGAAAGCACAUUUGGUCUUCGACGACGACGACGACGAAGAUUCCUGCACCCUCAAGUCUUUGUCAGCUCCCUCGCUGGCCACAACAACAGCUGUAGCAUUAGCGGCGGCAAGUACUGCCUGGCCCUCGCCAUCAACAUCGACGAAGAACGAGAAUAACACUCUACCAUCCUCAUCUACCACGGGCAUUGGUGCAACAGGCUGUAGGUCGGCCAAUAACUCACCCAAAAGUAUCUACCAUUAUCAGCAUCAUCAUCAGCAGCAGCAGCAGCAACAAAAACACCACCGACAUCAUCAUCAUCAUCCCCACCACCAACAGAAAAAUCUAACUUUAUUGCAGCAGCAACAAACUCAUCAUCAACACCACAAACACCGACAUCAUCAUCAUCAUCAGCAACAACAACACUUUUCUCAAUUGCAUUACAUUGUCGCACCCCCACCACACCUAGCCGAACAGCAGCAGCAACAACAACAGCAAUCAGCAACACCUUCAGCAACAGGAGCAGGAACAGCAAUUGCAAACAGCAACAUGGGUCGUCGCGAGAUUAAGCGUUCGAACACCGGCAGCUCCACCACCAAAUCAUACGAUAGUGGCAGUGCUACUACAAAUUUUGUGGGCAAAUUCACCCAAAGUGUUCGACGCAUAGUCCAGGACGUCAAAGAUGAAGGUGCACCUAGUGGCAUGAGCCGUGAGGAAGUCAUUGAGACCAAUGAACGACUGCGUAAUUUGCGCAUACGUCUCGAGGAAUCCUACGACACAGCCAAACAGGCUCUGAUAACACUCAUGAAUAAAUAUGGCGAUUCAAAAUCACAGCGUAACAUCUUCCAACGUUAUCCCAUGUUAAAAAUAAUGAUUAAGGAUGUUAUACGAUUAGAAACACAGUACUGGGCUUUAAUCGAUAUACCUCGCCAGGAGAAACAGGAAACCGUACCCACCUAUGUGAUGAGAGCCUGUUCGAUUAUGGAGAAAACCCAGAAAUCCGGUGAGGGUGUAAAGACAUCGGCCAAACUGGCGGAGGAGGCUGCAGAGAAACGAGAACGCCUCGAACGAUUGGAAAACAUGACCACCGCACAAAUCGAGCAUGAAAACAACCAACUUAUAAACGACUUAUAUAGAUUAUUAAAGAAAUACCUAGGCCUUAGACAUCUCAUCAGAGUUCUCAAGGAGGAAUAUGGCAGCUCAAAACUCUACCCCAUCUUUCCACGCUACACCAUGCUGAAGGAUAUGAUCAAGGGUAUUAUGCACGAUCCCGAUUACAUGGAAAUAAGUAUUCCACUGGUUUUAAAUACAGCAGGACAAAGUUAAUUUCACAAAAAAAUAAAGUCACAACAGGCACCCCACGUUAAUAUCCCCAACCACAAUCCGUUUUGCACCACCAGAUCCAUUUAGGUCUUAAGGAGUUAACACUUUCCCCACAACUUGAG